AAUUUGAAAAUAGGUGAAAAAAACAAGAAAAAUAAUGUAAGCAAAUAAAAUUUGGAAAAUUGAAAAGCGUGAAAAUGUAAGACCGCGUUUGUCGUUGCAAUCAUUCUGUUUUUGAAUUUGGUCCGCAUUGCAACACAGAAUUUCUAGCUAGACAUCAUGGAUGAGGAUCUGACUCCCGAGCAAAUCGCCGUGUUGCAAAAGGCCUUCAACAGUUUCGAUCACCAAAAAUGCGGCAGCAUCUCAACUGAAAUGGUCGCUGAUAUUCUGCGUCUUAUGGGUCAGCCCUUCGACAAGAAGAUCUUGGAAGAACUCAUCGAUGAAGUCGAUGAAGACAAGUCUGGUCGCUUGGAAUUCGAGGAAUUCGUUCAACUCGCCGCCAAAUUCAUUGUUGAGGAGGAUGAUGAAGCCAUGCAAAAGGAGUUGCGUGAAGCCUUCCGUCUUUAUGAUAAACAAGGCAAUGGCUACAUUCCCACCUCUUGCUUGCGUGAAAUCUUGCGCGAAUUGGACGAUCAACUGACCAAUGAGGAGUUGGACAUCAUGAUUGAGGAAAUCGAUUCUGAUGGCUCCGGCACCGUCGAUUUCGAUGAAUUCAUGGAAAUGAUGACUGGCGAAUAAAUAUUUAUUUUAAUAUUUAAAUACUAGAAAGUUUUUCACUAAAAUUUUUGUAUAUACACACCUUAAUACAAUUAUAGCAAAUUAAUACACUCACACACAAAUGUACACAUGUAAAUAUCAGAACAUCGAAUGGCGGAAUAUCAACACCGUUAUGACAAUCACGUCAGAAAACAGAUAUGUACCAAAGUAUAAACAUACAUACAUACACCAUCCUAUUGUAUAAUGUCAAAUAACUUUGCCAAAUAAAUCCGUUUUAUUUUUUUUUUUGUAAAAAAAA